AUGAAAUCUUGUAUGACAAAAAAUUUAGAAUAUAUUAAUGGAAAUAAAGAAAACAGAAUACAUGAUGAAAAAAAAAAUUUUGACAAUGAAAAUGACAAUAAUGAAUCUAUAAUAAAUCCUGACUACGGAGACCUAUAUAUUCUUGGCAGAAUAUGGAUAGAUGUUUUGAAAACAGCUCUAGUGGGUGAAAAUCUUAAACUAAUUCCAGUUGUUGAAGCAGCAAAAAAGACCCCUGCAGAUCUUUUAGGGUCACCAAAAAGGCCACCCCCAAUGAAAUACACAGACUUAUCUUUAUACGAAUGUCCACAUUAUGAAUAUAAAGACUACGUUGAAAGUACAGAGAAAUGUCCAGAUGCAAACGUCAAAUUAUUACAUAGAUACUUGCUCCCACAUAUUAAAACUUACAGGAAGAAAGCAGCAGAUUGUGCUGGUGAAAUAAGAUCAAAAGUAAAACAACAGUGUGCAAGCACUUGUGCUACAAUUCGAGACGCCAAAAAACAAUUUAAAGACAACAUGAGGGAUUCUAAUAACUUGCCUAUCAGACAGGCAGUGGUAGCUGUAAGUGGAGUCGCAGGAUUCUUUCUAGGGGGUGGUGGUGGUAUUCCAAAACGUCUCUUCUUCACAACUCUUGGAUUUCUAACAGGAGGAUCAUUAUGCUUCCCUAAGGAAACUGAUGAAGUGUUCAGAAAUGUUACGUAUUGUGCUGGAAAAAAAUUCUUAGAAAUGUACAAUAUGUUGUGUGGCACGGGUGUAGUGUUGAGAGAGAAGCUUCCAUGUAAAGAAGACAUGCCACCCCCUCCUCCAGUAAGAAAACCAAUUGUAUGUCCACCAAAGAAA